CCUACACUUAUAUACGACGUCGUACAGCAAUCUGCUCCCGUCUCGAGCAGGGUGCGUUUUACGACUGGGCGCAGCGAGCGGCCCACACGUCCAGCAAGGUACAUGGCCUUGCGCGUCGCCAUCGUGGGCCGGCCCAACGUGGGCAAGUCGACGCUGUUCAACGCGUUGCGCGACGUCGCGGGCGGCGGCGCGCGCCCGCGGCGCGCGCCCGCGCCGGCCGCGCGCAUCACCUCGCCGGUCGCGCGGACGACGCGCGACGCGGCGACGGCGCCCGCGCGCCUCGGGCCGCUCCGGUUCGAGGUCGUCGACACGGCGGGCGUCGAGCGCGACGGCGUCGACGUCGACGGGCAGCGCGGCGCGCACGCGGGCCUGGCGGCCGCGAUGCGCGCGCGGACCGCGGAGUGCGUCCGUCGCGCCGACGUCGCGCUCCUGCUCCUCGACGGCGCCGUCGGCGCGACGGGCGACGACGACGCCGUCGGCCGCUGGCUGCGGCGCCGCGCGGGCGACGUGCCGCGCGUCGUCGCGUUCAACAAGUGCGAGGACGGCCGCGACGUGUCGGGCGCCGACCGCGAAGUCGCCGCGCGCCACGCCGACGUCGGGCCGCUCCUCGUGUCCGCGACGCACGGCGACGGGCUGCCGGACCUGCUGGACGCGCUGCGGGGCUUCGGCGCGGCCGCAAACAGCGCCCACGACGACGGCGACGCCGCGCCCGCGGUGCGCGUGGCGCUCGUCGGGAGGCCGAACGCGCGCCGCCGCGCGCGUCGUCGUUUUUUUCCGUCGCGCCCGGCGGCGACGCCGUUGACGCGCGGGAUCGCGUCCCGCAGGCGGGCAAGUCGACGUUGCUCAACGCGCUCGCGCGAUCCGCCGCGGCGACGACGGCGCGCGAGGCCGGCGUGACGCGCGACGCCGUCGAGGCCCGCGCGACCGUGCGGGGCCGCGCGGUGACGGUCGUCGACACGGCGGGCGCGGCCGCGCGCGACGCCGCGACUGGCGCGGACGCGCUCGCCCGCGCCGCGGCGCGCGCCGCGGCGUUCGAGGCGGCGCGGUGCGACGUCGCCGCGCUCUGCGUCGCCGCGUCGCCGCGCCCCACGCGCGACGAUCUGCGCCUCGCGAGGCGCCUCGUCGACGCGCGCGUGCCAGUCGUCGUCGUCGCCACGAAGCUCGACCUGGUUCGGGCGACGGCGCGCGACGUCGAGCGCGGCCUGCGCGCGUCGCCGCUGCGGUUCCUCUUCGACGCCGCGGACCCGCCGGUCGUCGCGUGCUCGGCGGUGCAAGCGCCGGCGCGCGCGCGCCGCGCGCUCGCGCUCGCCGUCCAGACGCGCGACGCGCACGUCGAGCGGCGCAUCGCGACGGGCCCGCUCAACGCGUGGCUCGCCGACGUCAAGCGCGGGCCCGGCGGCGAGCGCCUCGCGGCCGUCCGUUACGCGGCGCAGGUCGCGACGGACCCGCCGACGUUCGCGCUCUUCGGCCGGGGCCUCGGCGCCGCGCUCGGUCCCGCGCGCCGCGAUCGCCUCGCGUCCGCGAUCGCGCGCGACCUCGGCUUCCGCGGUGCGCGCGUGGCGGUCGUGCUCCGCGGCGACCCGGUCCGUCGCCUGCGCCGCCAGCCGGCGCGAUCGUAAUUUUGUGCACGUGUUAUCACCUUGCCCAGCCUCGAGGCUGUUCCGUACCACAGCUCCGGUUGCCAGUGGGCAUCCUGACUGAGUCCUGAGUGGGGAGAUGAUGAUAUUGAGCAGUGUAUUUAUUUCAAGUUAUAGAGAAGAACGGCAAAACCUUGUCACUUAUCGUAGCCUACUCGGAGUUUUCCCGCAAGGGCUUCUCCGUUGACCGAAAGGCCUUCGAGGCCGGUGUAUGUAGAGAAUUUGCCCGAGCGCGGCGGCGCGGUAACGAUUCGCACCCGUUCGUGUUGUGGGACGCGAAUAUACGAGUAGCGUGCGACGUGGAGCCGGGCAAUCCUCUCCACCGAGGCGGAGAACCGACCCGCGGGACCAAUCAUAGUAAGGAGGACGUUACGGACUUCCUCGAGGCCAUCGCCAAGGCAGGUGGAAGUAUCGUACACGGCCGGUGCUGCCCGUGGAAUUACACGUUCAACCAGGCUAGGUAUAUAACUUGAACUUGCAAAUCCAGAGAAAGUCCACAUCUCGCCGCUUUGCGCACAGCGGUAGCAGCGGCGGCGGCGGCAAGACCUCUCACUAAAUACCUUACGAAUCGAGGACAGAUGACGCAAAGGUCCACAUCCCGGCCAACUACACGUAGGCGGCUGCCGUGCGAAGUAAAGACAGCUUUCUACUGGCAAUGUAG